AUGACUAGGCAUAGCAAAAACAACACCGCCAAUCCUAUAUUCACCUACCAUGAAAGGAAGAAAGUAUCUGAUGUGGGAACCCUGAAGGAAAGACUCGGGAAAGACUCCAUGCGACGGUUCGAGCAGUGCUGGAUAUGCCUGCGGAAUGCGGAGACACCAGUGAGCACCCCCUAUGGGCACAUAUUUUGCAAAAUUUGCAUCGUCAACCAUUUUUUGACUCAAAAAAAAACCUACGCCAAGAGGAAGAAGGAAUACGAUGAACAGGUUAAAGAGCUGAAGAGGAGAAAAGACGAAGAGGCUUCUUACCAGGUCGAACGGGAGAAAAGGAAGUUCAUGCAGGAGUUGGAAAAAAUUGACAAUUCUGAACAUGUGCAGGUGAUUUUGCACUCCCUGGAGGGGAAGGAAGAACAAAAGAACCUACUAGAUAUUUCAAACAACUUUUGGCUAGCGAGCAACUCAAAGGUGAAGAAGGACUUGAGUAAAAAAAAGCUCACUCGUCCAUCAAAGAUUUUGUCGUGUCCUGUUAGUGGGAAGGAACUGAAAAUGGGGGACCUCAUAGCCAUUAACCCGGAGGUGUCGCAGGGAGGCGACGUGCCCGGCGGGGAGGAGAGCUGGAUUUGCUCCUACUCCAAGAAGAAUAUCCAUCACCAGAGGGCCGUCCUCAUCAAAAAAACCGGGCAGAUAAUUAUAAAGUCCAUUUUUGAAAAGUUCAUUUACGGGAAGAACGCCCUUGAAGUUACCGUCGGGGAUGGGGACUUCAUCGAUUUGCAGCCGGGCGGAACGGCCUUCUGCUCGCACAGCAAUGUUGAGAAGACCAUGUACCGGGAGUCCCUUCUGUGA